AUGCUCUACCUGGUUGCUCUCCUUUUGCACUGUCUCCCCUUGGCCAUGGGACAGUAUGACAUUUGCAAGUCCUGGGUGACCACGGACGAUGGCCCGUCAUGGGAGUUUUAUGCUUGUCAACCCAAGGCCAUGCGGAUGAAGGAUUAUGUGACAGUACGGGUGGAUCCGGCAGGAAUCACUUGUGGGGACCCACCGGAGAGAUUCUGCACCCACGAGAACCCGUACCUGUGCAGCGAUGAGUGUGACGCCUCCAACCCGGACCUGGCCCACCCGCCGAAACUCAUGUUCGACAGCGAGGACGAAGGGCUGGCCACGUACUGGCAGAGCGUGACGUGGCGGCGGUACCCGGAGCCGCUGCUGGCCAACAUCACGCUGUCCUGGAACAAGAGCAUCGAGCUGACAGAUGACAUCGUGAUAACCUUCGAGUACGGCCGACCCACCAUCAUGAUGCUGGAGAAGUCGCUGGACAACGGGAGGACUUGGCACCCAUACCAAUAUUAUGCAGAUGACUGCAUGGAGGCCUUCAGCAUGCCAGCACGGAGGGUCCGGGACCUCUCCACCACCAGUGCCAACAGGGUCCUCUGCACGGAGGAGUAUUCCCGCUGGGCGGGCUCCAAAAAAGAGAAGACUGUCCGGUUCGAGGUAAGGGACCGCUUUGCCAUCUUCGCUGGCCCUGACCUCAAGAACAUGGACAACUUGUACACCCGGCUGGAGAGCGCCAAAGGGCUGAAGGACUUCUUCACCGUGACCGACCUGCGGAUGAGACUGCUGCGACCGGCCCUGGGGGGCACCUACGUGCAGAGGGAGAACUUGUACAAGUACUUCUAUGCCGUCUCCAACAUUGAAGUCACCGGCAGGUGCAAAUGCAACCUCCACGCUAACCUGUGCACCUUCAAAGAGGGCAGCCUUCAGUGCGAGUGUGAGCACAACACCACGGGGCAGGACUGCGGCAAGUGCAAGAAGAACUUUCGCUCCAGGUCUUGGCGAGCAGGAUCCUACCUGCCUCUCCCCAACGGGUCCCCCAACGCAUGUGCAGCUGCAGGCUCAGCCUUUGGCAACUGCGAGUGCUACGGCCACUCCAACCGCUGCAGCUACAUCGACUUCCUGAACGUGGUGACCUGCGUGAGCUGCAAGCACAACACGAGGGGCCAGCACUGCCAGCACUGCCGCCUGGGCUUCUACCGCAACAGCUCGGCGGAGCUGGAUGACGAGAAUGUAUGCAUAGAAUGUAACUGCAACCAGAUCGGCUCCAUGCACGAUCGCUGCAACGAGACCGGCUACUGUGAAUGCAAAGAAGGUGCCACAGGGCCCAAGUGUGACGACUGCCUGCCCAACUACUACUGGAGACAGGGCUGCUUCCCCAAUGUCUGCGACGACGAGCUUCUGCUCUGCCAGAACGGCGGCACCUGCUACCAGAACCAGCGCUGCAUCUGCCCCGUGGGCUUCAAGGGGGUCCUGUGCCAGCAAUCCAGGUGCGAAGCCGACAAAAAGGACUGCGACGGUGCCUCCAGCGCGCGCGGCAGCCUCGGCACCAUCCUCCUCGGGGUGCUCGCCCUCCUGCUGCGUGGCUGGGUGGACCUCUGAAACCAGAGCGGAGGGAGCCCAGCCCAGGCACAUCACCCGAGGGACCUGGGGAGACUAAGGUAACGGGUGGCUCUCCCCACCGUCUCCUCCGCCCUCCUUCACGCUAGGACUUGCACAACGUCUUUUGGGCCACUUUCCAAGCAGAGAGGUAUGCAGACAACCGGGGGCUGACUCCUGCCCACGAACCCA